AUGGCUCCCUCUCCCACCAUGUCCUCUCGUCUAGCCGCCAACCUGCCCACUAUCUACGAACUCGAGCAACAGCGGCAAAGGGACUUCCCUAUCACUAGCCGUCACGCUGAUUACCUCGCGGGCCACUUGGAGGUGUGGGCGGCCUGCCGGGAAGUCUUCACCGGGCCUGACUCCGUUCGCCGUCUGCGCGAGGCAUCCGGCCUACGAUCCUCGGCGACACCCCGCGACGCCGAUUGGACACACUAUAGGCGCUUCCUUUACGACCCGUUCGGAACUGCCGGUGAAGCAGUAGCGCUCACCAUGUAUUAUAUGGCUGCCCAGAAGGGUGUCAGCGGCAAGCGGAUGGACUUCCUCCGCGACAGCGUCGAAUACUACUGGGAUUGGAUGGCCGAUGAACCCGGCGUUAAAUGGCACCAAGACAAAGACGGUGAUUGGGAGGGGAACCCGGCGACCGCGCCAGUAGUCUUCCGCGCCCUCAACCUCGCAUACUGGCUCGAGGAGGAACGCACUCGCGUCCGCCGUGAGCGUGAGGAACGCGCUUGCGCUGAAGAACACGCUGCAGCCGCAUCCUCCGAAUCGUCCGACGCUACCCGUUCUUGA